UGGGAAAUGGCAGCACGAAAAGGCGACAUUACAUGUGAUGAAUUUUUAACCCAAGAGACGGCACAAGGAUUGCGAAUAACUAUCCAAUCUACAAUAGAAUUAUGUCGUUACUUUAUUGAGAAAUUCCAAUUUGAAAAUUUGCUAACAGGAAAAGUUAACCAAGAUAACUUGGAGAAAUUUUUCGGCACAAUACGCCAAGCUGCGGGAUGCAAUGACCACCCAAGCUGUCCAACAUUCUUACAGCUGUACAAAUUGUUGUCGGUAUACAGUAUAAUCAAGCCACCGAAAUAUGGCAAUUGUACAGUUUCGGAUGAGACAUCGCCACAAAUUCUCGUGUCUCUGAGCAAACUUAAAGCUGCAUAUGGAGGAAAUAGUGAAACAAAGAGUCUAAAGUAUCGUCGAGAAAUUCAGCGAAGGUUAGAUGCUACUUUAGAACAUAAGGACUGGGAAGUUGAUGACAUUAUAGAAUAUCAACCCGACCAUGAUAACAUUCCUUCCCCAACUCUUGAUUGUAUCAUCUAUUACGUGACAGGUUUUUCACAUUAACAACUUUUCUGUGCACUG